GUGUCGUGUUCACGAUAAGGAUUAUGGGUAUGGCAUGGGGCGUGAGUUUCAUAAGGUGACCAUCUCAAAGGCAACAGCGACAGUGGAGGAAGUUUCAGCCCCGGUUCGUGGUUCAGACACUGGCGCUAACGCCGAGGCCUCCUCGCGCUGAUGCAGCGGAUCACCAGCCUCGCUGCAUGCCGGGAGCUCGGCGGCCUCGCAGCGUGCUUACCCGGGUUCUGCUCCUGGAAGAGGGGUCCGACCUGCAGCAGGCAGCCGGCCGUGCACCGGCAGCGGACGCGGAUGUGUGUGCUUCCUGUGCGUCCUUUCACCGGGAUGUCCAGAGCAAAAAGCCGGAGGCUGUGCAGCCGGAGGUCCGUGUUCGCCGGUCAGAAACACACACUGUUCAGCUCUCAGCCUGGAGCCGACGGGCCGCCGGGGAGCUCCAGCGGGCAGCCCGCUGUCUCCGUAGUGGGCACCCCGGACCCGAUCACAUGGAUCCGGUGCAAAUUUGUCAUGUUUCUCAUCGAUCUGUACUUUGAGUCAGACAUAAACUCUGUAGAGUUUGAAAGAGGAGUAAAACAGGCUUUUGUCCACGUCUCCAACAUGAUGUCCAGUGGCAGAUACCACAAGCUAGUGGGGAUUGUGUCCAAUGAGAUGAUAGAUUACGUUCAGACGAGGUGCAGGUCUCUCACCGAUGCUCAGAGACGGCAGCUCGCCGUCACCAUGGAUGAUAUUAUAUUUAUUUUCCCAGAAGACGUGUCUGUCGUCUUUGAUCAAUAUGGUAGAAAGUUCUGCUUCAUCGUCAUGAGGUGCUGGCUCCUGUCAGCAUAUGAAGGCCCUGAUGACCCAGAGGGUACAAAGCUCUUCAAAGUGACCUCUGGUGAAGAUGGCGGCCCUCAGAAGAAAAUAGUGACAGCGGUCUAUGAAUUCAAACGAGAGUUGACGACUGGAGCUUCUCCUGACUGGACAGUCACGACUGUUUGGCACUGGCCCUGGAAACUGGCUGAGUAAUUUGACUCAACGCUGCAGGGCCAUUUGUCGGAUUAAUUUACUUAAAAUAAUAGACAACUUUAAACUGGACAUCUGAAGGCAGCGGAUUAAAGAAAUGUAUUUGAAUCACAUGAAAGAGGACGCAGAGCCAUAAUACUGAAGCUAUACCGACAAAAGAAGACCAAAGAAACAUAAAGCAACACACCUCCCUACGACGUUUGUUCUCUGACCAACAGAUGCUUCAGAAGCCCUCUUCCAGUGAAAAUGUUCUGAGGUCAUACUGCCAGACCUGCAACUAGCUGUUAAAUUUGUUGUAAAAUAAACACCUACAAAAAACCUCAUUCCAGUUCCAUGUACCAGCUUCUUCUGGAGCUUUUAAAUCACAUCUCACAACCAUCCUCCACAAAUUGAGCUUGCUUAGUUGUCAUGGUUAUGUCUAUGUGAUGACAACUAAGGCAUCUCUAUGACAACUUAGAAAAGUCUAUUCACCGAAGACCAUGGUUGCGUCUGAAAAUCCAUCACUAUUUCCGGUGAAAUAUUAAAGUAUGCAUAAACUGGACAGUAUGCGGGCAUAAAUAUCACACAAUGUAACAGUGAAGACAACGUUCACAACAGACACAAUAACUAUACGUAUUGCGGAUGUAAUGCACAGUUUAUGAUUUAGUGUGGGAUGUAGCUGAAGGUUCUAGAAAAAGUGGAUUAGUAGAAAUUGAGUUUGUUAAACUCAUAUGUUAUAUCCAUAAAUUGCUUGAUCAUAGCACCAAA